ACAUAGCAAACUUUCACGAGACUAAACUUUGGAAAAUCAAAAGCUCCCACUCUGAAAAUUUGAAAAUGAAGAACGCUUCUCUCAAGCUCCCACUCUUGAUUUUUAUUUUGGUCAUCACAUCUAAUCUUGGAGCAGAAGCAAGAAAGCUGACCGGAGUUGAUGAUAUAUUAAUCGAAGGUGCCGCCGCAAGUCCACAGUACGUAGACACCGAUGACGCAUUGAACAAAGUCCCAUCUUGCAAGAGGGACAUCGACUGUAGUUUUCAGUGUCCCAAGGGAGGAUUCUGCAACCAACGCCUAGGCAGAUGUGAAUGUUUGUAAUAAUAAUCGUAUUAUAAUCAACUUUUAUCAAUAAAAAUUUACCAAUUGUAUUCACAGAUAAAAUCUUUUUAAAAAAAUAUAAAAU